AUGAGUCGUUUGGAUAGAUUUUUGCUUUAUGGGGAUUGGUGUUUAUCAUGGCCUAACUAUACUCAAGUAGCUAGAAUGAGAGGGCUAUCAGAUCAUUGUCCCUUGGUGCUGGCAGCGAAUGAGGAGGAUUGGGGACCCCGCCCCUCGAGGAUGUUGAAAUGCUGGAGAGAUGUCCCUGGAUACAAAGUGUUUGUGCGCGACAAGUGGAAUUCUUUUCAGUUUGAAGGUUGGGGAGGUUUUGUACUUAAAGAGAAAUUUAAAGGGAUUAAGACAGCCUUGAAAGAAUGGCAUACAACACACACCCGAAAUUUGCCUAGUCGGAUUGAGGCCUUGAAGGUUCCUUUGAAGGUUUCCAUCUGUGCCUGGAGACUCUUACGGGACAGGUUACCUACCAAAGCGAACCUGGUUACUCGAGGGAUUUUAUCUGAGGCGAACCAUCAUUGUGUUUCUGGUUGCGGAGAGAUCGAGACAGCUCAACAUUUGUUCCUUUCAUGCAGUACUUUCGGUGCCCUUUGGCCCCUUGUUAGUUCCUGGAUUGGCUCUCCUUUGGUGAUUGCUCAGACUCCUUCAGAUCAUUUUGUCCAGUUUUCAGAUUCAGCAGGUGGUCUCCGAGCACGACGUUCUUUCUUGCAGCUCAUUUGGCUUGCUGUAGUGUGGGUUGUGUGGACCGAGAGAAACCAUAGAUUGUUCAGAGGUUCAGGAAAUUCAGUGCAUCAUAUGUUGGACAAGAUCAAGACUUUUUCCUACCGGUGGUUGAAAGCGACGAGUGCUAAUCUAGCUUUGAACUGCCAUAGUUGGUGGUCUAGUCCUAUGCUUUGUUUGAGCCUUGUUUAGUCUCUUUUGGUUCUUGUAUUUUUGGCUCUUUGUAACCUUACUUAGUC